UACGUAGCCCCCUGUCGGCAUGUUGCAGAAAGCAUUGCUAUAAUAUCAAUGACUGCUUACUUUCACUUUUCAGUCGAAGUCGAAGCUAAAACAUAUUCGAAUUCAGUAAAAUGUUUUGAGUAAUUGGCAGCUAUUUUAACAAAGUGUAGGUUUACAAUGAAUAUUCCACCCAUUCAACAACCAGGAGCUAUUGGGGUAGGGCAAAUGACCCAGUCCGUAAAUCCUCAGAUUCCUCAAAAUCCACAACAAGCACAGCCACAACAGGUCCAACAACAACAGCAACAACAGCAGCAACAGCAACAGACACAAGAGAAACUUGACAAUAUUUCUAAAGUAAAAUCUUUAAUCGGACCACUAAGAGAUUCAUUAUCUAUAGCUCUGAAAACUGCAGCUCAUACACUGCAUCAAAAUAGUUUAGUAGAUGUUGGUUCCCUUAAAGGAGUCGACCAACCUGACCACCGUUUUAAUAAGAACAUGGAAGAAUUUUAUUCCAUCUGCGAUCAAAUAGAAUUACAUUUAAAAACUUCUAUAGAAUGUUUAUCACAGAAUUCUAGUUCUCAACGCUAUUUACCAGUAUCUGUGAUACCGACACGUACUGAUACCGUUGGAGGACAAGAAGGACCAGCUUUAACAUAUCCUCAAUUCUUAAUGACUGUAAGAGCACAAGUUUCAUAUGCUCGUGAGAUACAUGACACUCUAAUAUCUGCAGCACAUACGAUAGCAUCUGGUGAAUAAUUAAUUUUUUCCUAUGUAUAUAAUUUAUCUUAAGAAAAAAAGUGUAAUAGAAAUAAUGAAUAAUGUCU